AUGUCGUCUUCCUCCCGAGUAAGGGUUGGGACUCUGGUUCCCUUCGUUGAAGGCAAAUCUGGGUCACCGAAUGCGUCGUCGUUGCCAAUGCCAAGCAUUCCCAUCUUCAAGGGCUCCAAUGUCGUUGGGAGGAGUAAUUUGGUGGCUGUUGACAAGAGAGUCAGCCGCAAGCAUUUGAGCCUGCGCGCCUUGCCUGAUGGCUCCCUCGAAGUCGUCGUGGAGGGGACAAAUCCCAUUGUUGUCCAAUCAGAGGGUCAGAGAAGAAAAGUUUGUGCUCAGCAGAGAGCCAAGAUUAUGCACGAUGAUGUCCUGGAGCUGAUUCCCGGUGAAUAUUUUAUGAAGUAUGUCAAUAUGAGUGAUGAGCGUAAAAGUUCCACAUCAGUCGAGUCACAUGACUUAAAGAAAGGGAAGAGGCAUAGCGAGGAAGAUAGUGUAGCUGCGAAGAGAAAUCGACAAGUUAUGGAAGAUGAGGCUUUGGCAAGAACAUUGCAGGAAAGCUUUGCAGAAGAGAGUACAUCUGUUACUGAAGUAUUAAGUUCACUUGAUAGUGCUGGUUCUUCCGAGAGAAACAAAGAGAGAACACAUUCUGUCGGUCCUUUGAAAGAUACACUUCCGUUGACUUUUCGACUCAUGCGUGUCCAAGGUCUUCCGUCAUGGACUAACACUUCAACAGUUACCAUUCAGGAUGUCAUACAGGGUGAAGUGCUUCUUGCUGUACUCUCAAAUUAUAUGGUGGACAUGGAUUGGUUGCUUACUGCAUGUCCAAGUCUAAGGAAAGUUCCACAUGUCCUAGUUCUGCAUGGAGAAGAUGGUGCUUCAUUGGAGCGCUUGAAGAAAACGAAGCCUGCAAAUUGGAUCCUUCACAAGCCCCCGCUCCCAAUAUCAUUUGGAACACAUCAUUCGAAGGCCAUGCUGCUUGUAUAUCCUCAAGGGAUUCGUGUUGUUGUUCACACUGCAAAUUUGAUACAUGUUGACUGGAACAACAAAAGUCAGGGACUAUGGACACAAGAUUUUCCCUGGAAGGAAGCAAAUGAUAUGAGUACAAAUAUUGGUUUUGAGAAUGACCUGGUUGAUUAUCUCAGGGCACUUAAGUGGCCUGAGUUCAGGGUAAAUCUCCCAGUUGCUGGUGAUGUCAACAUCAAUGCAGCCUUCUUUCGGAAAUUUGAUUAUAGUAGCUCAACGGUCAGGUUGAUCGGAUCUGUUCCUGGUUAUCAUGUCGGCCCCAAUAUGAAAAAGUGGGGCCAUAUGAAGCUUAGGAGUGUUCUUGAAGAGUGCGUAUUUGAAAAGCAGUUUUGCAAGUCACCACUUAUUUAUCAGUUUUCGUCCUUGGGGUCACUUGAUGAGAAAUGGAUGACUGAGUUUGCAUGUUCGUUAUCAGCUGGUAAAGCAGAUGAUGGAUCACAGUUGGGUAUCGGGAAACCACUGAUUGUAUGGCCAACAGUGGAGGAUGUUAGGUGCUCAAUAGAGGGCUAUGCAGCUGGCAGUUGCAUUCCAAGUCCUCAAAAGAAUGUUGAGAAAGAUUUCUUGCGAAAAUAUUGGUCCAGGUGGAAAGCAGACCACGUAGGCCGUUGCCGUGCUAUGCCGCACAUAAAAACUUUUACUCGCUACAAUGGUCAAAAUAUUGCAUGGUUUCUGCUUACCUCAUCAAAUUUAAGCAAAGCUGCUUGGGGAGCACUGCAGAAGAACAAUACACAGCUGAUGAUACGAUCAUAUGAGUUAGGUGUAUUGUUCUUGCCCAAAACUCUCCAGUCUGUUCCACAAUUUUCAUGCACAGACAAGAGCCGCUCAAACCUGGAUAAACUUGCCCUUGGUAAGAACAUCAAGACCAAGCUGGUGACACUUUGCUGGAAAGGCGAUGAAGGGAAGGAUCCAUCUGCAGAAGCUGUGAGAUUGCCAGUGCCGUAUCAACUCCCUCCACAACUCUACGGCCCGGAAGAUGUCCCAUGGUCUUGGGAUCGGAGGUACACGAAGAAGGAUGUGUAUGGCUCAGUCUGGCCACGCCAUGGCUAG